GAUUCUCUCUCUUUGCCCAUCUUUUCGCUAUCCUUGUUCGAAGCCUCAUUCCGUUGCUAUCUCCCUUCUGGACUACCCGUCGCAGUUUCACUUGGACAAAAAUGACUACCGCACUCAAGAGCGUCCGGUCCCUCGCUCCCCUGCUCGACCGAGUCCUGGUUCAGCGCAUCAAAGCCGAGUCGAGAACUGCUGGCGGCAUCUUCCUCCCCGAGAGCAGCGUAAAGGAAUUGAACGAGGCCAAGGUUCUUGCAGUCGGUCCCGGCGGUUUUGACAGGGAAGGGAAGAGAAUGGCAAUGGGCGUGAAGGAAGGCGACAAGGUGCUGAUUCCUCAGUACGGAGGCAGCCCCGUGAAAGUCGGAGAGGAGGAAUACCACUUGUUCCGGGAUUCUGAGAUAUUGGCCAAGAUCAACGAAUAGACAACCGACCACACCGUACCAUCGAUUCCGGCGUUCAGGCAACCCUUCCAGGCCAGAGCCCACUGGCCGGGGGACAUAAAAGCUCGAAUUUAGCGAUUUGUACACAAUGUAUUACCGUCGAGGAGCUUCUACGUAUCACAGAAACUGAUGUCACGAAGGUGAAAGCUUGGGAAGAGCAGGAAGCAUAUGUUAUACCAGCAUCAGUGACCGCGCGAAGCCGAUAGCACCUGCAUAUAUCCUGUGUAGUUACUAAAAGAAGCAAAAACAUUUUCUCCGCU